ACUCGACUCAGUUACCCAUCAGCCUUUACGGGGGAAGGAUGUGCUGCAUUUCUCGCUCCUCCCCUAUUGCGUGUGUCCUGACCCCUCGUAUUGACCCAGGUCGCGCUGGUGCCACUGUGGGUGAAGGUUAGGAAGGGAGUGAUUGACCUGUUAAGAGCAUCGCCAUCCUAACUACAGGUUCCUAACGCGGCUACAGUAGAUAAGUGGAAAAUAAGGAAAUAGAAAUAAAUAGUGGAAAUGAAGACAAAAAGUGAACGUAAAGUGAAGAAAAGAUAAAAGAAAACGAGAUAAAGAAAUAAAAUGAAAGGAAAUGAAAUAAAAGUGAAAGAAAAUGGGAAGAAGUGAGAGACGAAAUGAAAAUCGUGAAAGAUGAAGACAAAAUGUGAAGUGGAAGAUGGAAAUAAAAAAAAAACUUGAUAAACAUGAAUAGAUAAGGAGAAAAAUAAGAUAACGAGUAAAAAGGAACGACUAAUAAAGGAGACGGAAGAGGAAAAUAAAAAAAAAAACACUUGAUGAAAGGAGGAAAUAGUGAUAAAUAAACAUAAUUAGAAAGAAAGAAAAAAAAAGAAAAUAGAAAAAAUAAAGAAAAUUUUUAAAAAUAAGAAAAAUAAAAGAAAAGUAGUGAAUAUUAUCAGAGAGAGAGAGAGAGAGAGAGAGAGAGAGAGAGAGAGAGAGAGAGAGAGAGAGAACACGAGAACGAGAAAGAGACCGACUCACCCACUCACCCACCCGCCCACCAACUACCACCACCACCACCACCACCACGCCCUCAAAAUGACACCACCACUUCUCCACCCACGGCGCCCACACUCCUUGGCCGCCUCUGCCCGUCACAUUUACGCUGCCCUCGUAAGAACCCGCCCAUUGGCCCCUCAGACACGCCCACACCAGAACCACGCCUCGGGAAUAUGGGGCGCCAGUGGGCGGGGCGUGGGCAUGUUAGUCUACAGGAGUGUGGGGAUGUGGGCGGCCAUGGGCGUGAGUUACCUGGUGGGGAUCGUGGCGGGACCCAUUGCAGGGGCAGCUGUGACCUCAUCUCUCCUUGUGGCUGCCGUGACCUCGCUUCUGACAGGUUUCUGCUAUACGGAGCUGGUUACCUCUACGGAGCAGUGUUCAGGACAGGUGUACACAGCUACCUACCAAUUAGUGGGCGAGGCAGCUGCUUACCUAGUGGGACUCUUCUACGUGUUGUUAAAUGCAUCUGCUCUUGCUGCCCUCACGAAAGCCUUGUCCUCCACGAUGGAUUACCUGUGUGGAGGGAAGGUGGAGAGGUGGGUGGGGAGUAACCUGGGCCACCUGCCUGUCACUCACGAGGCUCCUGACUUCAUUGCUGCCGGGGCCUGUCUGUCUGUUGCUGUCAUCCUGGCUCUCGGCUUGGAGCAAGCCGGGUUCCUGCGAGCUGUCAUGAGUGGCGUGACCGUCCUGUGUCUCCUCUUCUUCUUCAUCGUAGGAGGGACACACACAGAGAAGGACCCAGCUCACCUACAGACUGCCUUUACUUCACUCGGCUCCUCUGAGCUGUUGGCGGGGGCUGCCGUGUGCAUGGUUGUGUACGGGAGUUUCUACGAGGCGGGGCGUCUGGUCAAGUGUCAGAGGCGAGUCCACCGCGUGCUGCCCCUAGUGGUCUCUGUGUCCACCGGUACCUCCUUCCUCGCCUUCUUCGUGCUGGGCAUCGUUCUCACCCUCAUGACUGGGAACGUGAUCCCGCCUGAGGGUGCGCCGCUCAUCCAGGCCAUGGAGCGCCGGGACGUGAGCUGGGCACGGCUGGUACUUGGCUGCUUCCAGGUAGUAAUGCUGUGUCUGUCUUUAGUUGAGGCUGCCACGCCACUAUCCCGCCAGCUGGUGUCCUUAGCAUCAGACGGCCUCCUGCCCCCUUUCCUGGCUGCUCAGUGCCCCAGGACCAGCGCCCACGUACACGCUCACCUGAUGGGAGGCUUCUUGGCUGCUGUUCUUGCCCUUACUCUCAAUCAUGUCCUCCUCUUGCAGGUACUUGCCACAUGCAUGCUGGUGGUGCAUGUGGUAGUGGUGGUGACAGUGUUGUAUAGGCGCCACCGCUGUUCCUACGCUGGUCUGUGCUGUGUGGCUGUGACCCCAUCCUCACGCGCCCCCCUUGGCUACCUCCACCUCGCCCCACGCAGCUCCCGCCAGGAGAGGACCUUUCAUUUCCUGAAGGAUGGUCUGCGAGUUCUCCCUAAGCAGCUUGGGCCGAGGCAGCAGGAGGGACAGCAGGAGGAACCAAAUGAGGCAGACACCCACGACACCUCACACCUUCUUGGUAACGAAUAUGAACCACCUGAGUCACCUGUAGCAAAGGAGGAGGAGGAGGAGGAAGAGGAGACCAAGGAGGAGGAGGAGGAGGAAGAGGAGGAGGACGUGGAGGCAGCAGUUCGUGAGUACAGGGAGAAGGUGCAAGUUGCUACUCUUGAUGGGGGAAACAUUCAGAUCCCUCCCACUCCCGACUCUGCUCGCCGUGCCCUUCUACUAGUGGGUGUGGUCUUAGCCUCCCUCACCACAGCUGCCCUUAUGGCUAUCUACACCCACACCAGGCAGUGGGCAGCAGUGGGCAUGGGCGUGUGUCUCCUGGUGGCUCUUGUAUCAGUGGGUGUUCUGUCGCGUCAGCCUGCCCACCCUCCCACCCGUGCUGCCUUCAGGGUCCCUGCUCCUCCCUGGCUGCCUGCUGCCGCCCUCCUGCUCAAUGUGACUCUACUGAUGCAGGUUCUGGGACAUACCUGGCCCCUGCUGGUGAUGGUUGGGCCUGCAGGUAUAGCUUGGUAUCUUCUAUAUGGGAUGAGACACAGUCAGCUGGGAUCACCUGGGGCAUUAGGGGUGGGGGUGACAAGGGUCCGUGGUGAGACCAUACGCCUGCAGCCCCUUACUCCUCCCCCCCUCACACCUACCCCUCUGCAAGCCCCCCAACGCCCCUCCAUCCUACCCCGCCCUCACCAGAAUUAUGCGCGCCUUACACAGGUAGAUACAGUACUAAUUAGCAGGUGAGGUUAGGUUAGCUUACAUUUUGGUAGUGAAAAGUGAGGUCAGGUCAAGUUAUGUAGCAAAAUGGUCAAGUUAGGUCAAAUCAUGUAGCAAAAAGUGGGGUUAGGUUAUGUCAGGUGAAAUUGGGUUAGGCUAUACCAGGUGAAGUCAGGCUAUGUGGUCAGGUUAGGUAAAGCCCGUUGAGGUCAGAUUAGGUAAUUUUUCAUGCUAGAUAAUGCCAGGUGGUCAUGCUAUAGGUAAAGUCAGAUGGUCCAUUAGGUAAGGCCAGGUUAGAUCAAGUUAGGAGAUGUCAGGUGCAGUCAGUGUGAGAUCAGGCUAGGUAAUGUCAGGUGAUCAGGGUAGGUAAUGCCAGGUGAGGUCAGGUGGAGCAAAUUGACCUCAAGCACACCUUAACUCUGCCCUGCCUUGAGAAGUUGUUAAUAUCUAAUGUUAAUUGUUAGUGUGGAGUUGAAAGGGAUGAUUUUUCUUGUCAAUUACUUUUUUUUAUUGAUACAGUAAAUAUUUUUUUUUCAUUUCUUUAUCUGUACAUUUGUUUACUAAUUUACUCAUAAUUGUUUUGAUGUUUUUUCAAAUUUGUUUAUAUAUUUAUUUGCUUACUUUUGACAACAAUUAUAUACUAGUUUAUUUAUUGAAUUAUUUACUUAAUUGUCUGUAUACUAUUUACUCAUUCAUUGUCUAUAUACUACUUACUCAUUCAUCAGUUAUACACCAAUUUACUAAUUCAUGGUUACUUAUUGUGUCAUCUAUUCACUCCUUUAUUUCUGCUUAUCUUUUCACAUUUAUUUUGUCAUUUAUUCAUUCAUCUAUCUCUUUCCUUAUUUCUUCAUGUUUAUUUACUUACAUAUCACUUAUUUAUUUAUUUUCUCUUCAUUUCUUUGUUUACAUCUUGCCAUUGGUAGAUGCAGAGCUGCUUGUCCUGACGAGGGUGGGAGUGGUGCAGGAGUUUGUUUGUUAAUAGAGGGCGCACUAGAGCACACCACAUGCCUCGCUCCUUCCUAUACAUACUGUUAUUGUUGUUGUUAAGUCCAUGUACCGCUUCUUGUUAUGGCAGUAAAAUUAUAACUUUU